AUGGCCUUGAAGCUUCAGUACUGCCGCACUUUCAUUCAUGCACAGGAAGGUGCAGCGACUGUUCCAAAGCCUCGCUCUUGCAGCGCGCCUCCAUGCCACGGCCGCCACAGCAUAGAAUGGGAUACUGAUGCUCGCCUUGAGGAAGAGGGAAUGAGGUCGUAUGUCACCUCCCUCACUACAAAUGUGGCUGACCUACGCGCCCAGCAGAAGGCAUGUAAUGCGAGCAGCGAGCGUGAAGCUAAAUCCGGACAGGAACUUGUUAGCCCAUCCAGCGAGGUGGCCCAAAGCUUUCCUAGACAGGGAAGUUUGGGACAUCCAGAACUUUGUCACCGUCCAUGCAUCUAUUUUACUUUGGGGCACUGUGAGAACGGAAGGUCCUGUGGCUACUGCCACAUGGAACACCCAGACAGGCCGUUGAAGUUGGACAAGCAGCAACGGGCAAUGGUUCACAGUCUCGGCAGGCCCCAGGUGUUGGCUAUGAUGCUCCAAUACUUAAAGCAAAUUGCAAUUAGGGAGGGGUUUGAGCUCCAGGCUGCUGAGGUAAUGCAGCUUGUUGAGCGCGAAUUCUCCCUGCAUGGACAGCCAGUGGAGGAAGCUCUAGCGGAGAUUCCUGAGAAAGUCACGCGGAAGCUGAGCAAGACGCUGGACAGGAUGCGAUUUUCCGGGAUUUUAGGGCUUGCAUCGAAGGAACAGAUCGGCUAUCCCUUCCGGCAAGAAGUGAUUGAGGCGCUAGAAAGGCUGCGCACAGCGGCACCUGCGUAG